GCAGUUUGGGAAACUACUCGCCGCCAGUUAUUGGUGAUGAUUUGGUUGCGCCACGGGUGACCGUCUCCAACACUACAGCGUCUACUUGGGAUGUACACGUUAUGAACUGCAGUGAAGAUUCAGCCGUAAGGAAAAAUGAUUGGUUUCGACGUUUGGAUACGAGGUUCCACCAGUUUGUGUUGCACAGACAUUGUCGAUAUUUCCCAAUGUUGAUAAACCAUCCGGAUAAGUGCAGGAAUGGAGACGUGCACCUGCUCAUGGUGGUGAAAUCCGUUAUAGAACAGCACGAUAGGCGAGAGGCAGUGCGCAAUACCUGGGGUAGGGAACAAACAAUUGAUGGUAAGAGAAUAAAAACGCUGUUUCUCCUUGGAAGCCCUACAAAUGGCAAAGACACUAAAAACCUUCAAAAGUUGAUUGAGUAUGAGGACAUGAUAUAUGGAGACAUUCUCCAAUGGGAUUUUAUGGACACAUUUUUCAACCUCACCUUGAAAGAGGUAAAUUUUCUGAAAUGGUUUGAUAUUCACUGCUGCAGUGCCAAGUUUAUAUUCAAGGGGGAUGAUGACGUUUUCGUAAAUACGAAUAACUUGCUGGAACUUAUUCGUUUCAAGACUGAGGACCGCAAAGUUCUAAAUGUAUUUGUUGGGGACACCAUCUCCAAAGCCAUCCCCAUCAGAAACCGCCAGAGCAAAUAUUACAUCCCCAAAGAGUUGUUUGACAGACCGUACCCACCUUAUGUUGGUGGUGGUGGGUUUUUAAUGUCCUCACAAUUAGCUCGGAGACUGUUCGUGGUUUCAGAGGACUUGGAGCUCUAUCCGAUUGAUGAUGUAUUUUUGGGAAUGUGCCUACAGAAGCUACACUUGGCACCUGAGAUGCACCCAGGAUUUAGGACCUUUGGCAUCAUGAAACGCAGAGUGAGCCCAAUGAACAGCGAACCGUGCUUUUUCAAAAAACUAAUCGUAGUCCAUAAACUGAGCCCUCAGGAGCUACUCAUGAUGUGGAGCGUAGUAGAAAAUAAGGAGCUGGUUUGCGCCAAAAGGACUGCACCAUGAGUGUCAACCUACAGC